CGGCUCCCGCUCCCCCAGCGUGACUAAACCUAGUACUGAGCAGCCAAAUCAGCAGAAGUGGGAGCAGCAACAUUAUCCACUUUGUAAAGAAAAUAUUAUUCUCUGAAAAUCAGAAACCAUGGAAUUCGGAAAUGCAGUUUUUCUUGUGGGGGCGCAGAUUCCAUGAAUCCUGUUGAGCGUUGACAGCCUGACGUCCGGGUGAAAAAGAAUUUUCAGCAGAUCGGAAGAAGCUAUGGAGGAAGAUGAUGUUUAUACCAAGGACGGGACUUUGGAUUAUCGUAACAGACCGGCAAACAAGAAGAAAACAGGAACCUGGAAGGCCUGCCCUUUUAUUCUGGGGAAUGAAUGCUCGGAGAGAUUGGCCUACUAUGGGAUGAGUUCAAAUCUCAUGAUUUACUUCCAAACCCGUCUCAAUCAAUCCACCACUCGUGCUUCGAAAAACCUGUCGAAUUGGUCGGGGACUUGCUAUAUCAUGCCGCUGAUCGGAGCGUUUCUUGCUGAUGCAUAUCUGGGGAGAUACUGGACCAUUGCUAGCUUCUCUAUCAUCUAUGUUAUUGGGAUGACAUUGAUGACACUAUCAGCAACAGUGCCUGGAAUUAGCCCAACCUGUACUGCACAUGAUAAGUGCACCGUGACAGGGACAGACACCACGAUGUGCUUCGUGGCCCUGUACUUGGUGGCGCUAGGAACCGGGGGGAUCAAGCCCUGCGUCUCAUCCUACGGGGCAGACCAGUUUGAUGACACUGAUGAAAAGGAAAGAAAGCACAAGAGUUCUUUCUUCAACUGGUUCUAUUUCUCAAUCAAUAUUGGGGCGCUCGUGGCGUCCUCUCUCAUAGUGUGGAUUCAACAGGACGUGAGCUGGGGGUGGGGAUUCGGUGUUCCUGCUGUGGCUAUGGCCAUGGCUGUCACGUUUUUCUUCUCGGGGACUCGUUUGUAUCGCUACCAGAAGCCCGGGGGCAGCCCUUUCACGCGGCUGUUUCAGGUUAUUGUGGCUUCUUUGAGGAAACGUAAGGUUAAAGUGCCAAUUGACAAAUCUCUUUUGCACGAGACCGAUGGCCUCGAAUCAAACAUCCAAGGGAGUCGUAAGCUUAGCCACACGAAUGAGCUGAGAUUCUUUGACAAGGCAGCUGUGGUGGAAUCAGAGGAUCACAAGAAGGGCUCGGUUAGUCCAUGGAGACUCUGCACCGUGACACAAGUUGAGGAACUCAAGUCGAUUAUUCGCCUGCUUCCAAUCUGGGCAACGGGCAUAAUCUUCAGCACAGUGUAUGGCCAAAUGAGCACACAGUUUGUGUCACAGGCCGAAGGGAUGAACACCUGGGUAGGAGGCUUCCAAAUCCCCGAGGCAUCACUCAGUGUUUUCGACACCCUCAGUGUCAUAGUUUGGGUGCCAAUCUACGACAGGCUUAUAGUCCCAAUGGCCAGAAAGUUCACAGGCCACAAGAAUGGCUUGACUCAUCUCCAGAGAAUGGGGGUCGGCCUCUUCAUAUCGAUCCUAGCCAUGGUUUCUGCAGCCGCAUUAGAGAUGGUUCGCCUCGCAAUGGUGAAAAGGCACAACCUUUACGACGUCACAGAAGUGCCCAUCUCGGUUUUCUGGCAAGUCCCUCAGUAUUUCAUUAUAGGAUGUGCAGAAGUGUUCACAUUCAUCGGGCAAUUGGAGUUCUUCUACGAUCAAGCCCCCGAUUCCAUGAGAAGCUUGUGCUCUGCCCUCUCGCUUACCACCAAUGCCAUUGGGAACUAUUUGAGCUCUUUCCUUGUCACCAUUGUUACAAACAUCACUACCAGGAAUGGCAAGCCUGGAUGGCUGGCCAACAACCUUAACUAUGGUCACCUGGACUAUUUCUUCUGGCUUUUGGCUGGGCUUAGUGUGAUGAACUUGGGAGUUUUCCUUGUGGUGGCUAAUAUGUAUACAUACAAGAAGGCCAUCAAUAAGGUCUCUGACCUAGUGGAAGAAGCUGAGAAUGGCAGCUUAGCUUCUAACUAGUAAGCAGGGUUAUCAGUAGUUAUAUUCAUCUGCAUGCACUUCUGUUUAUUGUUGUAAGAACUCUUAUAUAUGAAUUGGUUUAGCUUUUAGUAUUUAGCUAUUCAAGUGGAGAAAUGUUAAAUACUGGUUUCAACUUUAUUUGAUAUGACUUAAUGUUUUAUCGAAUUUGCACUCAUUGCCUUCUA